AUGGCAGAACUAAACGAGGUAAAUACCGCGAGAAGUUUCACAACAUAUCAAGUGACACCUCCGUCAAAAUUUAGCUUUAAAUCCUCGGAGUGGACCCGAUGGAUUCGUCGCUUUGAGCGAUUCAGAAUUGCGACAGAACUCGACAAGAAAGAGGAAGCCAAACAAGUCAACGCGCUUAUAUAUACUAUGGCCGACGAGGCAGAUGACAUAAUAACAUCGUUUGGUCUCAGCGAACAAGAAAUGAAAAGCUAUGAAACAGUUCGAGACAAGUUUGAAAAUCACUUCAUCGCGAAACGAAACGUUAUUUUCGAAAGAGCAAAGCUCAACGUUCGAAUUCAAGACGAAAACGAACCUGUCGAAAGUUUUAUUACCGACCUGCAUUGUCUUGCUAAGUAUUGCGAAUUUGGCGUAUUAAAGAUCAGCUAA